ACAAACAUACACAAAUUUCACUCUCUCUUCAAAAAAUCAAUCCGCGUAGAGUGAUGGAGCACCCCAGCCACGAGCAUCCACUGAUCCUAAAUGAAAAAUAUAUUGCUAAGGAGGGUGAUGCUUGUCGUGGCUGCGGUGAACAAAUACUGUCGUGUAAAUCAUUUGUUUAUAGUUGCAAUAGUAUCACGGGCACUGAUAUUAGUGGCACUGAUAGUGAUACUGAUAUUAGUGUCGAUGAUAUAUCUUGUGCCAGAUUUUUACUGCACAAAAAUUGUGCAGAAUUACCCCCAACUUUUCAAAAUCCAAACAACCCCAAAGAGCUUUUUCUUCUCAUGUUUUAUUUUACUAAUCGUGUUCUGUUUAGCCUUAGUAAAUAUAAUAUGGCACUAAAAAUACAAUGUGACAUCUGUGACGUACAAAUUCCAUGGAGACCAAAAAAAUUCUACUAUUUUAAUAAAAAUUAUGAUUGCUGCAUAUGCAUCGGUUGUGUUGUGUUCCAAACUCAAACGCCCUUGGAGGAUCCAAAAUCUUUGCAUCCGUCUCACAAUCAACAUUUAUUGUCCUUAAUUCAGAUUCCAUCCUCGUUCAAGUGUUAUGCUUGCAAGGUGGAUGAUCAUAUUAGAGACAUGUCUUACAAAUGCACCAGAUGUCAAUUUUGGAUUCACAAGAGUUGUGCUGAUGCACCUAUGUCUUUCAAUUCUCAAUUUCACGACAAGCAUCCCCUUGUUCUUUCAUUUUCUCUCCCACUUCUUUAUCACAAAUUUGGACAAUUUUGUGGAGUAUGCAGUAAGAAAUUAAGUCGGCUGGCUUGGAUUUAUUAUUGCCGCUACUGCAGAUUUUUCGCUCAUUUUCAAUGUGCUAGAUCCAACCAUUUAGUGAGCCCUUGUGAAAAAGAAAGUGAUGAUGACAAUGUGCUGCAGUUUCCGGUCGCUGAUGAACUAUCAGCAAAUUUAAUAUACGAAAAAUUUGUUAAGGCUAUGAUUAUUCAAAUCUCCAGCAAUGUAAAUAGCAAUUUAAUUUCGGAAAGUGUUAUUAACCAUUGGACUCAUAAAGAACAUCAUCUGCAACUCAUUAAUAGUACUGGGGAGUUGAAACUUCAGCAAGAUGAUGAUGGAAAGUUAUUGUUAUGCGAUGGCUGCGUGCUACCUAUUGGAAAUGACCAAUUCUAUGGCUGUGUCAGUUGUAAAUAUUUUCUGCACAAGUCAUGUGCUGAAUUGCCAAAGGAGAUAAACCACCUCCUUUUAGGCUCCAUCAUUGCAGAUAAGCGGAGGGAACCAUACAAAUUAUUUCGUUGCACAGCUUGUCAUAAUAUGUGCAACGGAAUAUUCUUCAACAUUUUUACUUUUCCUCGUCACAUUGGGUGCAUGGCAAUGCCCAAAAUGAUCAAACAUGAAGCUCACCGUCACAUGCUUAAACACGACCAAUUAGGCUAUGGACCAUUUAAAAGUUGCAAAGCAUGCGGAAGAUUUUUUUCGGUCGGAAGAGUCAUAGCUACCCACCAGUGUGAAGAGUGUGAAUACCAUAUAUGUGGUUCAUGUAUUAUGAGGCCAAGAGUAGCUAAGCACCCUUGGGAUAUUCACCCCCUCCGCUUGAUAUAUGAACCUGGCAUGGUUGAUGAUCAUGAGCAUGAUUUCAAUUGUGAGUUUUGCUCCGAAGAUAUCGACACCAACGGUUGGUUCUAUCAUUGCAGUGAUUGUGAUCUAUCAUUUCAUCUUCAAUGUUUCGAUCGAUCAAGUUAUCGAGACUACUCGAGAGUUAAGUUUGGGGCUACUGAUAUUAUCAUUGACAAACUCCAUCCUCACAGUCUAACAUUUGUAUUGAACAAAAAGUCUCGGAGCUGUGAAAGAUGUCAUCGAAAUCAGCUUGGUGAGCCGGUUCUCCAAUGUUCUUCGCCAUGUAAAUCAAUAUUUUGUACAGAUUGUAUUCAAGAUGAUUCUUCUGAUAGAGAUUAAAUUUCAAACUAUCUUAACUAGAUCAAUGGAGAAGAUGAAGCUUUGUAGCUAGCUCAUCCCGAUGUAAUGAAUGUGCAACAAAGGCAAGUAUUCUAAAAACUCUUGGGAUCUUCGGUCUUCACCCAUCGACUUGAUAUAUGAAGCUGGCAUGGUCGUGCUCCCCUCUAUGUAAAAUCUGCUGAAGAUGUUUUUCUCUAUUGUAAUCUGUAAUACAUAUUCAAAUCUAUCCCAAACUGGGGCACUUCUAAA